AUGGCGGUCAUCAAGAUGCUCGUGCUCCCGGCGCUGUGCGCAUUGCUGCUCAGAGCAGCGUCGGCGGCUCAAUGGACGCCCGCCCACGCGACGUUCUACGGCGGCGGCGACGCGUCCGGCACCAUGGUUAGCUCCAUGGCUUAUGCUGACAUGCGCCCAUGCACGGAUCUCAUCUCAUCAGGCGGCGCCUGCGGGUACGGCAACCUGUACGGCGCGGGCUUAUCGGUGGCCAAAUUAACCAGACGAUCGAUCGAGAAGACCACGCCGCCUGCACUGCACGAAUGA